AUGUCUGAUACAGAUACUGCUAUCGUGAAACAUAUAGAUAGUUUUACUACACCGUUAGACAUUCGAGAAGAGGAAAAGAAACCUAUUGCUCUAACUAAAGUUGCGCCAGCUAUUAGAAUGAAAUUUGCAUAUCUUACAGGAACUCGAACCAAGACUGGAUGCCCUAUUUUAUCAAUGCCAUUAUUUAAUCAUUUCGGUACUGUCGUUACGGAUGAUCUUUUGAAGGAGGUCAUUCAAUAUUUUGUUGAUAGUACUAUGGUACAUAGCAGUAGCAAGCGAUUCGCUGUUGUACUUGAUCGUAGAUCGUCUUCAUGGAAUUCUGUUAAGUCACUAUUGCGCAAAUUGCAGGAGUUAUUUGGCCGUUACAUUGAUACGCUAUAUCUACUUAAGCCACAAAAGAUGAUGGCAGUACUAGGAGGUGUAUCCAAGUCUGAAUUUUCUUUUCAAAUUAUGCUAUUAAAUACUAUUGAUGAAUUACAUCAGAACAUUGGUGGUAUUUUCCUAACUCAAGAAUUCGGUGGAUUUCUUAAGUUUGAUAUAAAUACUUGGCUUAGUCAUAGGACCUUCGUAGAAGAUGUUGAAAGCAAAGCAAGGCUAUUGUUAGCGAAAAUAAACUCUUUCGUUGGUUUCAUUAGCCAUCGAAAGAGCCUUAUAUCUGACAAGGCGGGCACAUUGACGGAGACUACAGAAUUCUUGAGUAAGGCGUUAAAUGGUCAGCGUAGUGAUUAUUAUAGCAUUGUUGAAAAAAUUAAAGAAUUGACUGAGGAAGUAAGAAAAUUCAAAGAUUCAUUUAAAGACCACUCUAAAGAAAGCAUUAUAACCAAAAGCGGUAUCAACUUGGAUACUAUAUCCAAAAUAAAUGAUUUACUGGCGCGAUUAUCGGAUACUCGUAACGACUUUAAAAAGAAAUGGGUAAAACACGAAGAUUAUGGUAUCCAGCUGUUAAAAUUAUAUAAAUUUGAAGUUGACUUAAGUGAGAUGGCAAAGAACAUUAACAUUGUUGAUAAAGAAUUGUCAGCGGAAGUUAAUUUGGGAGAUUCUAUUGAUCAUGCAAAGUUACUUCGAAAGAUUACGACUGAAUUGCAGAUAAAAUUUAAGGAUACAAAGAUGACUUUGAUGAAAGCUGGAAGCGAAAUAAAGCAAUUAAAUUCUGAUGACAAAAGCGUUGAAUCUGAACGUUUAGUAACUAUGUGGAAGGAACUCGAUACCCAAUCAAAUAAACUAGAAGGAAGAUUUAAGGCGCGAUUAAAAGCUUUAUCUGAUGUCUUGACGUUAUAUGAGCAUAUUAAUGAUAUCGAUAAAUGGUGUUCAGAAAAUUUAAUGAAGCUGGCAAUGCAAUUUCGUACUGAAUUUCCUGUCGUGGAGCAAAAAAAUAUUAAGAAAGAAUUAGAAAAAAUCACAAAAUCUGCAACAUCCAUAAAAUCUGAUCAUGUAGAAAAAUUACAGGAAUUUUCAGUUGACCAUUUAAACCAGAAAUUUAAGCAAAAGAUACAAGAUUGCGUAUCUCACUUUAACAAAGUUACGUUAGCUAGUCAGCGACAGUCUACGAUGUUAGAUAAGUUAGCGGCUACAGCAACAGAAGAAAAAAAACUGAAAUCUGCAACCAAGCGGUCUGUCAGUGAUAGCGGACCAGCUAGUUAUGAGCCAAAAAGUCCUUUGGCUAAGCGAAAGGAUAGUACUUUGCCUUCUAAAACUUCGACGACAAGUAAGGCUAAUAAUUCGGUUCCUGUAACUGGUGAUCGUGAGGCGAUAAUAUCCCGCUUGAAGGAGCAUCUUGUUAGUUUACAAGAAGACGUGGAUACUGAGACCGACCAAGAUAUUUUACGUAAACGAAGCCGAAUAAUGGAUGAACUUAUUAAUACCGAAAGGAGCUAUGUCAACGACCUAGAAAGUGUCAUUGGGAAUUACAUGAAACAUUUUGACGAAGGCAGUUCCACGUUACCAACUGUUUUAAAAGGAAAAAAGAAAAUUCUAUUUGGCAAUCUAACUCAAAUUUACAGCUUUCAUCAUGGUUCUUUCUUAAAAGCUUUAAACGACUAUCGGCAAUGCCCGGCGUUAGUUGGCCAGUGCUUUCUUAAAUUUAAGCCGGAAUUUGAUAGCUAUUCUGUUUACUGUCAAAAUCGCCCCCAUUCGGAUUCGUGUUGGGAAACACAUGAAAGGAGCUGCGCAAAAUUUUUUGACACGUGUAAGGCCAAUGCGGGUCAUAUCUUGCCCUUAAAUUCUUAUUUACUAAAACCGAUACAGCGUAUUACGAAAUAUCAGUUAUUACUGAAGGAUAUGACAAAAUGUACGGGCAACUCUAAGUUUGGGUCAGUUAUUAUCAAGGAAGCGUUAAGAUUUAUGCUAUCCUUAUUAGAAAGGCUGAAUAACACAAUGCAUCAAAUGCUGAUUACAGGAUUUAAAGGAAAUCUAACGUCUGAAGGAGCCAUUUUGAUGCAGGACUCAUUCCAGACACAUGAAAUUUUCAAAAAAUCUGCAAUACCUGCUAAUAUUCCAGGGCAACGGAAAAAAUACAAGCCAAGACAUCUUUUUUUAUUCGAAAAUAAUCUCUUAUUUACUAAGAAAUUAGUUGAUGAAAAGCAAAAGAAAAACGUAUCAUAUCAGUUUAAGUCAAAUAUGAAGCUUAGCAAGCUAGGAUUGACAGAGACAGUAAAAGGAGAUCAGUUAGCUUUUGAAUUAUGGCUAACCGGCCGUGAAAGGGUCGUCAUUGUUCAAGCUGCCUCAGCAGACAUUAAAAACAGAUGGGUUGAGCAAAUUCGACAGUUGCUGCUACAUCAACUGAAGUCGGCAAAAGGACAAGCUAGGGCUAUGUCGUUCAAUGCUCAUAAGGAUGUUAAGAGUAAUCAAGGACAGCUAUCAACGCUUGCUGCUAAUACGCUAGCAGUAUUGCCAAUGUUUGCAGACGGGAAUAGCGAUGCUGAAGAUAUGUGGUCAGAUAGUGAAUUUGCAGAUGGCGACGAUGAAGUUGUUCCUACAAGAAUAUCUAGUGAUGAGUUAGAUAAUAGCUUAUUUCUACAGAAGCAUGAACUGCGCGAAGUCAUGCACCUCAAUUUCGUAACGAUUGUGAUUAGAAAGGAUUGUUCCUUCGAUGAUUUUAUAUUGAUUUAUGAUGGUUACAAUUUUCUCUAG